GGACACUUGUAGAGAGAAUAUAUCUUUGUCACUCUGUCCUUUCCAUCCUAGUGAUCGACUUUGGAAACUUGGCUCAAUCUUGGCCGACUUGUAGCUGUCGAGUCACGUUCCGCGAAACCCCUUCCCGCCGGUUCACUUGGAAAGGUAUCUCUUUGGUGACUCACCACCUUUCACGGAAUAUCAAUUGGCUUCAAAGUCCCCCUACACCCGUCACCUCCUCAACUCUUUCGGAAUCAACUGUCACCCCACAAAAGGCACCGCGAUCAUGGGUUCUGCAGCGCCGACUCUCGCCGAGCUCGAUGCCUCGUUCAUCAAGGUCACUCGUUCGACCAACCUUCGCGAUGUGCCUCUCCCCGGAUCGCCCGAGGAGUUGAGCCAUUCGCACUGCACUGACCAUAUGGUUACUGUCCGCUGGACCGCAAGCAAUGGCUGGGAUACGCCUGAAGUGAAGCCAUUCGCCAAUCUGAGCAUCCCUCCCACGGCUUCCUGCCUGCACUACGCCACCGAGUGUUUCGAGGGCAUGAAGGUAUACCGCGGUCAGGAUGGCAAGUUGCGUUUGUUCCGACCAGACCUCAACGGGGAGCGCUUGGACAUGAGCUCCAAGAGGGCCUCUCUGCCCGGUUUCAGAUUCGGAGAAUUGAAGCACCUUAUCGCAAAGUUGAUGCAGAUUGAUGGACCACGCUGGCUCCCCAAGGAUCAACCUGGUCGCUUCCUCUACCUCCGUCCCACAGUCAUCGGUAAUGGUACCCAGCUGGGCGUACAAACUCCCAAGGAGGCCCUCUUGUUCAUCAUCGCGGUCCCCUGGCCGGACCCUUCGAAGAAGAAGCAGGAGGAGGGUGUGCCGCAUGGGCUGAAGCUUCUCGCCUCUCAGCCCGACACCAUCCGUGCUUGGCCCGGUGGUUUCGGAUACGCCAAACUGGGCGCCAACUACGGACCGUCCCUGGCUGCGCACGGCAAGGCGCAGGCUCUCGGAUUUGACCAGGUUCUGUGGCUCUUCGGAGAGGACCGCCAGGUCACCGAGGCCGGCGCCAGUAACUUCUUCAUCGUCUGGGACAACAAGGAGACUGGAAAGCUGGAGUUGAUUACCGCUCCUCUGGACAACCAGCUGAUUCUGCCUGGCGUCACUCGUCGUAGUGUUCUGGAGCUGGCUCGGACACACUUCGCUCAGCCCUGCGGCAAGCUUGCUCCCGUUGAGGUCGUGGAGAAGGAAUUCACCAUCAGCGAUAUCGAGGAGGCCUGGAAAGAGGGCCGCAUUGUUGAGUCCUUCGUCUCCGGUACUGCGUUCUUCAUCACCCCUGUGAAGCUGAUUCGCAACGGCGACGUCGACAUGGAUUUACUGACUGCUGGUGCUGAGCGCGCCGGUUAUGCUGCCCAGAUCAAGUCGUGGCUGGAGAGUAUUAUGUAUGGCAAGGAUGGCCAAGAAUCUCACAAGUGGGGCUUUGUCAUCGAGAAUGAAAUUGAAAACUAGAAAGAUGGGAAGUUGGCAUAAUCCCGGAAUGUUGGACAACUUGCAGAAACGGAUUGCCACGUGGGCUCUCUGUGCAGGCGGGGUUGGGCUGCAUGCCUUGUAUAUAAUGCUGUCAUCUGUUUUCAAAAAAUAGAGCUAGAUCCUAGAAAGGAAUGAUCAAUGGUUAAUGAUACGAC